CUAGCAGCUUUAUCGUGGCGAGCCCUUCAAACGCGGCGUACACGUUACGUCCGCACUCCAAAAAUGCUCACGACAAAGCAUUUAUGCCGCCGGUUCGGUCCAGACCGAGUAAAGGCGGCGCGACCGCUCACCAGCGCGCUGCAGCGUGUCAGGCCACACCACAAUGUCAUGCGUGUCGCCGCGAGGGCGCUGCGCACGGAUGCGGCGCGGGGACGCACGCAUGCGCCGGCGCAGCGCUUCACAAUGCAGCAUAGCGCGAGGCGCCGCUUCGCCGACGCGACCGUGCCCCUCGCCUUCGUCGACAGCCGCGACGGCCAGACCAUAGAAGUCGAAGCGGAGGUCGGCAAGACGGUCCUGGAGGCGGCGCUCGACCACGACGUCGACAUCGAGGCGGCCUGCGGCGGCGAGCUGGCGUGCUCCACGUGCCACGUCAUCCUCGAGCAGGAGCUCUACGACGCCCUGGAGCCCCCCGACGAGGAGGAGGAGGACAUGCUCGAUCUCGCCUGGGGGCUGGAAGACACCAGUCGUUUAUGCUGCCAGAUCAAGGUGUCGCCCGAAUUGAGAGAUGCGAAGUUCGUGAUCCCCGAGGACCCGGACAUCUAGUGG